ACCAACCAGACGGGACACGAGAAAUGUUCAUCCAUGGCACAGCCACAUAGGCAUAUACCGUUACAUCGCCCAAACCGAGACCACACCAACCAAACGCCACCCGAUCCUCUUCAAAGAAAAACGUACUAGCAUCGAAGCAGCGAUGCUCCUGGCUCGCGCCUCCCCCAGCUUCCUCGCCUCCACCUCCUCCACCCCUACCCCGUCGUCACAGACGCUGCCGCCGUCCGCGUCCUUCGGGAGGAGCCAGCGCACGGGCGGCGUCCUAGCCACGGCAUCGCCGAACAGCGCCCCCAGACGGCCCGUGAUGGCGGCUGCGGCGGCAGUCCCGGCGGCAAAGCUGGAGGACGCCGAGGCGCUCAUCGACUCCGUCGAGACGUUCAUAUUCGACUGCGAUGGGGUGAUCUGGAAGGGCGACAAGCUGAUCGACGGCGUGCCGGAGACGCUCGACCUGCUCAGAUCAAAGGGCAAGAGGCUGGUGUUCGUGACCAACAAUUCCACCAAGUCGAGGAAGCAGUACGGGAAGAAAUUCGAGACGCUCGGGCUCAGUGUCAACGAGGAAGAGAUAUUUGCUUCGUCCUUCGCAGCUGCCGCAUACCUGGAGUCCAUCGAUUUCCCCAAAGACAAGAAGGUUUACGUGAUUGGAGAGGAAGGGAUCCUCAAGGAGCUCGAGCUGGCUGGCUUUCAGUACCUCGGCGGACCUACAGACGGUGACAAGAAGAUAGAGCUGAAGCCUGGCUUCUACAUGGAGCAUGACAAAGAUGUUGGAGCAGUUGUAGUGGGAUUUGAUCGCUAUUUUAACUACUACAAAGUUCAGUACGGGACACUCUGCAUACGUGAGAAUCCUGGGUGCCUUUUCAUUGCAACAAACAGGGACGCUGUCACCCAUCUCACUGAUGCCCAGGAGUGGGCAGGUGGCGGGUCGAUGGUCGGUGCUGUUCUUGGUUCAACCAAACAAGAACCGCUCGUCGUCGGGAAGCCGUCGACAUUCAUGAUGGACUACCUGGCAAAGAAGUUUGGAAUCACAACAUCUCAGAUAUGCAUGGUAGGUGACCGUUUGGAUACUGACGUUCUAUUUGGGCAAAAUGGAGGCUGCAAAACUCUCCUGGUUCUUUCAGGUGUGACUUCCGUGCAGAUGCUUCAGAGCCCCGACAACACGAUCCAGCCAGAUUUCUACACAAACCAAAUUUCUGAUUUUCUCACCCUUAAAACAGCAGCAGUAUGAACAGAAAUGUGAAUGUACUGCUUUAGCUGGGGGAGGGCCGUUACUUUUGUAUAGCAACUAAGAGAUCACCCGGGAUGGUUUUCUUUCACAUUGAUUUGUAAUCGCGAGACAGAUGUUUAAAUGCAAGUAUGUACAUCAUUAAAUGCAUAUCAACUUGAUGCUGCUA